AUGACAUUCUCACCACCUACGUCCAUCCUGAUCCUGGGCAGUGGCGUCUUUGGCCUCAGCACAGCUGAGGCGCUCAGCCGGCGGCCCGAGUUUGCCCGCACGACCAUUACCGUGGUGGACCGCGGGUCGGGCGACGUGGGAGGCGAGGACGACACCAAGCAUUUCCCGGCCCGCGACGCCGCCAGCAUCGACACGUCGCGCAUCAUCCGCGCCGACUACGCUGACCCUGCGUAUGCGGCACUGGCCGACGAGGCGCAGGCCUACUGGCGGGGAAGUAGGCGGCCGGGCCCAGGCACUGUUGGUGCAGGAGAUGAGAGCGAGGACGAUUACAUUGGCGGUGGUGGGCGGUACACAGAAAGCGGACUCGUGGUAGUGGCCGACGCACCGGACGAUGCUGCUGCCCAGAAAGAGCAGGACCCGUCGAGACCCAAGAAAAAGUCCGGUAUGGACUACGUGCGCGAGAGCUGGGCCAAUGUGCAGGCAUUGGCUGCCAAAGACGCGUACCUGGCCACCAAGCUCAAAGAACUACCGAACCCGGAGGCCAUCCGUGCCGUUGUCGGGACGGGCGGCACCACGGGCGACUGGGGCUACCUGAACGGCGCGAGCGGCUGGGCGGACGCGGCGGCCAGCAUGGCCUGGUUCCUGCGGCGGGUGCAGGCGGCCGGGCGCGUUCAGUUUGUGCGCGGCCGGGUAGCGUCCCUCGAGAUCCAGACGGAGGGAUCCAAAGUCGUAGGAGUGCGCCUCGAGGACGGCCGGACGCUCAAGGCUGACUUGACCAUUGCGGCAACGGGCGCCUGGACGGAGUCUCUUGUCGGCGGGACGUCGUUGGCCGGCUCGUUGGCUGCCACGGGCCAGGUGCUUGGGUACGUGCCGCUGGUGAACGAAGAGGAGCAUGCGCGUGUGGCCUCCAUGCCUGUCGUGCUCAAUCUAACGUCCGGCCUGUUUGUGAUCCCGCCGGCGCCCGAGAGCGGCGAACUGAAAGUGGCGCGGCAUUCCUACGGGUACAUCAACCCGGCGUCGCCUGAAGUCGGAGCCGGCGUGUCCAAGCCGCUAACACACCUCGACAACCCGCAGCUCAACAUUCCGGCGGAAGGCGAGGCCGACCUGCGCCGUGGCCUGCAGCAGAUGGUGCCUGUGCCUGGGCUGGUCGACCGGCCCUUUGCCAAGACGCGAAUCUGCUGGUACACGGACACGCCGACGGGCGACUUUGUGGUAGACUUCCACCCGGACCUUGAAGGCCUAUUUUUGGCCACCGGCGGCAGCGGCCAUGCUUUCAAGUUCCUGCCUGUUCUGGGUGACAAGGUUGUCGAUUGUCUCGUCGGUCAACGGCCGGCUGCAUUUGCCGACAAAUGGGCGUGGCGGCGACAAGCGGACAAAGGUGCGAGUAUCGCCGGCCUCGGAUGGGCGACAGUCGUCACGGAGGACGGCAGCCGUGGUGGCAAGCCGGGUCUCUUGUUGCAGGACGAGCUGUCGAAGAGCUCCAAGGCAUAA